GCCCACUUAAAAAUAGCCUCAGUGCAGCAGCUCCCGAGAGGGCCAGAGAUGUCCGCUCCGGCUGUGGCUGCUGGGUCCCGCCACCGGCAGCUCCCUCCCACCCACUUCCACCACGUCCACGGGGCCAACAUCUGGCUGGACCCUUCCAGCACCCAGGCCACCCGCCUGGAGAGCUUUGCCAACGGGGUCUGCUUCAGCCGGGAGCCCCUGGAGCCCGGCCAGAUCUUCCUGGUGGAGAUCGAGGAGAAGGAGCUGGGCUGGUGCGGCCACCUGCGGGUGGGUCUGACAGCACUUGACCCCGACGGCCUGGAGGCAGUGCCCGAGUACUCCUUGCCGGACCUGGUCAACAUGGGCAACAGCUGGGUCUUUGCCAUCACCCGCAACCACAACCGGGUUGUGCCGGAGGGGGACCAGGAACAGAGCCGGGACCUGCUCUCCUCACCAUACCUGUGCAUCGAGGAAGCGAUCCGGAUCCCCCGGGACAAGCUGGUGGGGCGCAGUCGGCCCGGGCGCUACAGCCACCUCCUGGAUGACCUCUACAAGAGCAACGCCCUCCCUCCCACGGCCCGGAAGAGCCGGAUCGGGGUGCUGUACACGCCGAGGCCGGACGGGACGGCCGACAUGCACAUCGUCAUCAACGGGGAGGACAUGGGCCCCAGUGCCAGGGGGCUGCCGGCCUCCCGCCCGCUCUACGCCGUGGUCGACGUCUUCGCCUCCACCAAGAGCGUCCGCAUCAUCCAGGUGGAAUAUGGAUUCCCCUCCCUGCAGACGCUCUGCCGGCUGGCCAUCCAGAAGCACAUUGUCCACCGCAUGGCCAUCGAUGGGCUUGACCUUCCCCCGCUGCUCAAGAACAUCUGCAAGUAUGAGUGAAGAGGCCAGAGCACUGUGCCUGCGGGCAGGAAUCAGCCAGGAUGGGACUCAUCUGAUUCAGGCCUCAUGACAGCAACUAAACAAGGAAGAAGCCGAGCUCCGAUUGGGUUUCAUCAACGGACGAUCUAAAGGAACAAGGCAGCCAUCUUCGUUAUGCAAUACCCUCUGCACAAAGCCUGGCAAAAAUACUUGGAGAUACAAGUGGGUUCCAAAUGGAGGAGGAUUUUAUCCCUCACAUUGUAAAAUGUCCCAGAGGUUUCCAGAGGGGAGCAUCAAAGCAGAAGAACUGCAUAGUCUCCAGUCGCUUAAAGGAAAAAACCCAUCAUGGAGGGUGUGGGUGUGGUAAGGCACACCCUGUAAAUAGCAGGAUUUAAUAAAAGUGAUUUCAGAAAG